ACUGAGCAGUGGUCUUUGGAGCUUAUCGAAACACGGCCUGGGUGCGGUUUACACAUCCCUCCAGCCGCGCCUUUUCCUGUCACAGCGGAACGGCGCUGCGUCAGGACGGCGGGUCAGCUGACAGCGAUCAGAGGACCAGGAGGAAGGAGGAGCGGAAUUAGCGGGUGUGUGGACUAGGAACCUACCGGAUCCUGACAUCGGCUUUAACCUAGGAGCGAAAGACCGGUGGCGCUCGUGAGAGAACUAGGGCGGGGUUUGGUUCCACCAUGGCCAGUUGGGACUGAGAAGCAGCCACAAUGAUUGGAGGAUUGUUCAUCUACAACCACAAGGGGGAGGUCCUCAUCUCCCGGGUCUACCGAGAUGACAUUGGACGUAAUGCAGUGGACGCGUUCCGUGUGAACGUGAUCCACGCCCGGCAGCAGGUUCGAUCCCCGGUGACAAACAUCGCCCGCACCAGCUUUUUUCACGUUAAGCGCUCCAACAUCUGGUUGGCAGCCGUCACUAAGCAGAAUGUCAACGCCGCCAUGGUGUUCGAGUUCCUCUACAAGAUGUGUGACGUCAUGACUGCCUACUUUGGCAAGAUCAGCGAGGAGAACAUCAAGAACAACUUUGUGCUCAUCUACGAGCUGCUGGAUGAGAUCCUGGACUUUGGCUACCCCCAGAACUCAGAGACCGGAGCUCUGAAGACUUUCAUCACCCAGCAGGGCAUUAAGGGACAGCACCAGACAAAAGAGGAGCAGUCUCAGAUCACCAGCCAGGUGACGGGGCAGAUCGGCUGGCGUCGCGAGGGCAUCAAGUAUCGCCGCAAUGAGCUUUUCCUGGACGUACUGGAGAGUGUCAACCUGCUCAUGUCGCCGCAAGGCCAGGUCCUGAGUGCCCACGUGUCGGGCCGAGUGGUGAUGAAGAGCUACCUGAGCGGGAUGCCCGAGUGCAAGUUCGGCAUGAAUGACAAGAUUGUCAUCGACAAGCAGGGCAAGGGAGGAGCGUCUGAUGAUGCAGGGAAGAGUGAUUUAGGGGGAGGAAGUGGGAAGCAGUCCAUAGCCAUCGAUGAUUGCACUUUCCACCAGUGUGUGCGCCUCAGUAAGUUUGACUCAGAGCGUAGCAUCAGCUUCAUCCCCCCUGAUGGAGAAUAUGAGCUCAUGAGAUAUCGCACCACUAAAGACAUCAUCCUGCCCUUCCGAGUCAUCCCUCUGGUCAGGGAGGUUGGUCGCACUAAACUGGAAGUUAAGGUGGUCAUCAAGUCCAACUUCAAACCCUCACUGCUGGCCCAGAAGAUCGAGGUGCGUAUCCCAACACCCCUCAACACCAGUGGUGUGCAGGUGAUUUGUAUGAAGGGAAAGGCAAAGUACAAGGCCAGUGAGAAUGCCAUCGUGUGGAAGAUCAAGCGCAUGGCAGGAAUGAAGGAGUCACAGAUCAGCGCUGAGAUCGAGCUGCUGCCGACCAACGAUAAGAAGAAAUGGGCCAGGCCUCCCAUCUCUAUGAACUUUGAGGUUCCUUUUGCUCCCUCUGGUCUGAAGGUGCGCUACUUGAAGGUGUUUGAGUCCAAGCUCAACUACAGUGACCACGAUGUCAUCAAAUGGGUGCGCUACAUUGGCCGCUCCGGCAUCUACGAGACCCGCUGCUAAAGUUCGAACCCCCCUCCAGCCAGGCAGCGAACUGACCACUUUUACACCUUCAUCUAUGUUGUUAAGAUUUUUUUCUUCUGCCCCCCCAACCCUAUUUUGUCUCUCCCCUCCCUUCGAUCCUUAUAGCUUCUCUCAUACACCCUCCACCUCCCCCCCUCCCUCCACCUCCACCCUCACCCCUUCUAAUUAGGUGUUGGAGAUUGAAUUUACCUUGUUAAAAAAUUAAAAAAAGUAUGAUAUAACGCACAGAUAUAUGCAAAAUGUGAACCAUUGUAUCGUAUAUAUCUCGUAGUGAUGAGUAAACCUGUAAACCAACUGGUGUCCGAGAGAAAAAAAAAAGACAAGUGAUGGAGGAGGGGACCAGGGGGAGAGGACUAGAGACGGUCUUUUUUUCAGGACGCCUUGUCGUGUUUAUUCAGUGUUAUUGUUCCACUAUCUACCCCCGCCCCCAGUUACUUUAGAAGCCUCAUAAGUCCUUGAGUUUAUCCCUGGUAAGAUGAUUUGUAGCUGAUGUGGUUAAAUGGAAAACUGAUAUAGUUCCUGUGUAUGAACUUUUGUCUCAGUAGAGUCUACCCUUCAAAUUGAGAUGAGUUGUCUGAUUCUGUAUUGUGGAACCUGAUUGAUAUUUGAUCUGUGUUUUUGGGAGCGGUCAUGUGGAUCAAAAGUGUCAUUUCAAUGUCUCCGAAUGAAUAGUUAGGAAAGAGAAGGAAUUCAUAGUGAGAGGUUUUUUUUUUUUUUACUUCCUAGAGGGUGCUCCAUUUACUCCCACUUAUAUCUCCCACUCUUAGUGAAGUAAACACAGGUGAAUCAUUCCAGACAGUUUUGAGGUUUGACCGUCACCCUGAUAAGUGAGUAUAUGACUUUAAAUUUCCUCUUUCUAAAGUACUUAGAUCAACUCUGUCACACUACUCAGAUUCUGAGACGCUUCCUGGGUUCUCGGACAGUGGGAGUGUGUUUGCAGCAAGGCGAGGUCUCCCCCUGGUGUUCGCCUCGUCACUGUCCACUUCUUAAUGUUUGUAGACCUGGUGACCGUUCUGUCCAAUAAAAUCUGACUAUGUAACC